UAGGCAGGGCCAUGCACUCACUAGCUUGGUCAUCCAUGGCUGCAGCUUCACUUGGACCAAGCUAGCAUAUAUAAGCUCUCGAGAGAGGCCGCUCAAAAUCAAAUCGAUCAACACAAACCAAGUAAGUCGGGAUCAAUGGCGGCGGCGGCGUCGUGCUCACCGUCAGUGUCCGUGCUGCUUGUGAUGGCGGUGGUCGUGGUGGUGGCGGCGGCGCCGUGCUCCGCCGUGGACCCGGUGAACACGUACUGCGGCAAGAACAUGAGCAGCGCGCAGGCGCAGGUCAGCGUCGGGCAGGUGCUGUCGGAGCUGGUCCCGCGCGCCUCCGCGGGCUACUACGCGACGGCCGCCGCCGGGCGCGGCGACUCCGCCAUCUGGGGCCUUGCGCAGUGCCGCGGCGACAUCCCGGCCCCCGACUGCGCGCUCUGCGCUGCCGCCGCCGCCAGGCAGCUCGCCGGCGCGUGCCGCGGCAGCGCCGACGCGCGCGUGUGGUACGACUACUGCUUCAUGCGGUACGACGACGUGGACUUCCGCGGCCUCCCCGACACCGGCUACGCGCUCGUCCUCCUCAACACGCAGAACGCCACCGACCCGGAGGCGUUCGACAGGGCGCAGCGGAAGGUGAUGGCUCGCGUGGCGGCGGACGCCGGGAGCGACGGCGGCGGCGGGCUGGCGAGGGAGACGGCGAGGGUGGAGAAGGGGGUGAGCAUCUACGGGCUGGGGUGGUGCACGCGGGACAUCACGGCGGCGGACUGCGGGCUGUGCGUGGCGCAGGCGGUGGCGGAGAUGCCCAACUACUGCCGCUUCCGCCGCGGAUGCCGCGUGCUCUACAGCAGCUGCAUGGCGCGCUACGAGACCUACCCCUUCUUCUUCCCGCUCGACGGCCAGACCACCGCCGCCGCCGGCGACUAUGACAUGGUCGUCUUAAACCCAUAAAUAUACAUACAUACAUACAUACAUACA